AUGAAUCACUUUUGUAUCCAAAAUUUCUAUAAUUAGAUAUUAACUAAUCUUGGAACCUUCAAGCAUACCUUAAAUCUCCAAACCACCCCAUAUAUUAGAAUGUAGUUACUAUUUCGAUUGUGUCAGUGAAUACUUUUAGGUUCUUAGAGAUUUUAACUUGA